AUGGCGGGAGAAUGUGCCCCGCGUACGGCCACGGCGAUCUUGUCUUUAUCGACAUACGUCGGUUCUCGACAACUCGACCCUCUAAGGAGUUGGACUACAAGAGAGUCGGACCGUUUGAGGUCGAAGAAGCCGUUGGCGCAAACGCCUAUCGCAUCAAGAUUCCUUCUUCCAUCAAAAUACACCCUGUCUUCCACGUUGUCUAGAAAAAAUUGCGAGUUGAGUUGGAAUGACAAGUCUUACCAGGCUUCUUCAUUCUUCGAUCUUGAACGCUCGUCGUCUGACCACGCCCUAUUCCUGCCGAUUAUGGAAGCCGGUCUCUCAUCAAUCUCUGUGCAUGUCCAGUCAUGGGGUGCUCUUCAGAGAGAUCUCAAUCUAGAUACCCACCCGCCCGCCUGCCCCCCCUCCCCGGUCACGGCUCCCUCCUCCCCGGGCCGGCUGAACACAAAUCCUCGCACCGAAUGGUCGAGUUUGUGUUCUGUUCACUCUUCAUUCAUCACCGCCCCACCACCAUCUCACCCUCCUCUUCCAACCUUCCUCUACGAUGAAGUCUUUCUUAUCAGCGACUACCACAAGAUAGACGGUCUCGGUCUCCCUCCCAGGCCCGGUUACUCGGCAUUCUCUUACGAAGUGUAUACCGGUCUGCGGCCCAAAAACGAAAAGACCUAUACUGUCAAGGAUGCUCUGCGCGAUAGCCCUCGCUUCCGCAACAUGCACGAGAAGUGGUCUUUCCUGAGGGAUUGUCUGGCAAGUGGGCUGGGGGAGCGGACCAAGGUGGAGCCUUGGGCGUCCGAUGCCGAGAAGAACGAGGUCGAGAUGGAGGCGGCCAAGUUUGCCCGGCUGCAGCGACCCGUGUCGGGGGAAGAGACAGGGGAGGAGGUCUCGAGGUCCAGUGUACUCCACAACCUCCAGCAGGCGCUUUGGGAGAAGGAGAGAGCUUUCGGCCGUGAGGCAUCAACCACGACACAGCUCAAGCCUACGAGAUCAAGACCCAAGGUGGAAGAGUCGGACCAAGCACUCAAGGUCUAUGCCAAUGACUUGACCCGGGGCUUCGGUUCCGCCACCAGGUAG